AAGUUUUCCGGAAACAUUGCCAACGUAUACAAUAACAAAAUAGUAUAGAAAACAAAAUUGCUUUUUUUCUUUGUUUUUCAAUAUGGAUCUUGUUUAUUUGAUUACAUUGUUGACAUCAUUUUUCUUUGUACUAAUUGUCAUUUUGAUUGCUGUAAAAGGAUUGAAAAAUUCUCAAAACAAUGGUGAUAAUGAUGGUGAUGAUGAUAAUAGAAAUGAGCAACGACAAUCAAAUCGAAGAUUAAGACCACCAGGUGAAUCUGGUCUGAGAAAUCGUUUACGAACAAAUCGUCAAACGAUAAAUCCUGAUGAUGAUGAAGAAGAAUUGGAAGAAAUUAAUUUCGAUGAUGAUAAUGAAGGUGUUGGUGAUGAUGAUGGUGAAGAUGGAAUGAAAGAAUUUCCAAUUAAAGGAAAAAUCGGAGCUAAAAAAGCAAGAAAACUUGAAAUGAAAGCUGAAAAAAAAUUAGCACGUGAACGUGAACUACAAGAACGUGAAGAACGUAAACGAAUGUUGGAAGAACAGGAAAAACAAAGAAAACUUGAAGAAGAAAAUACUGAAUUAAUAUCGGAAUUUCGACAAAAAAAAUUGGAAAAAGAAUGUCGAAAAAAUUGGGAUCUAUUCUAUAAACGAAAUGAAGAUCGUUUUUUUCGUGAUCGUAAUUGGACAAUCCGUGAAUUUCAAGAACUAUUGGAACUUAAUGAAACAAACAAUGAUGAUCAACAAAAAUUACGUUUAUUGGAAGUAGGAUGUGGUGUUGGAAAUUUUAUAUGGCCAUUAUUGGAAAGUGGAUUACCAUUUGAAUUUUAUGCAUGUGAUUUUUCACAACGUGCUUUAGAUAUAUUUCGUAAGAAUGAACAAUUUGAUCCAAAAAGAUGUCAUAUAUUUCAAGCCGAUAUUACCGAACCGAAUGGAAUUUUAUCAAAUUUCAAAUCUGAUGAUGAUGAGACAUUGAAAUUUGAUUUUGUAGCGCUGAUUUUUGUCCUGUCAUCGAUACAUCCGGAUAAAAUGCCCCAGGCCAUGAAAAACAUAUCGGAUAUAUUGGAUCCCGAUCAUGGUAUGCUUAUAUUUCGUGAUUAUGGUCUUUAUGAUUAUUCAAUGAUACGAUAUUCGAAUGGACAUAAAUUAUCGGAAAAUUUUUAUGUACGACAAGAUGGUACACGUACAUAUUAUUUUUCUAUUGAUGUAAUGACGAAAUUGGCUGCCGAAUCCAAUCUAGAAAUUAUACAAUUAGAUUAUGUACAAAGAGAAACCCGGAAUAUAAAAGAAAAUUUAUGUGUACCAAGAAUAUUUUUGCAAGGAAAAUUUCGUAAACGUAAAACGUAAAUCAUAAACUAAUAAUGAAGAAAACCUCCAUAAUCAUUAUCAUUAUCAGCAAGCCAAAAAAACAAACAUUCACCGAAAGAGAUAAUGGAAAAAAAUAAUAACUUUUUUCCUUUUG